AUGGAGUCGAUAUCACCCUUUUACUCUAUGUCCACCGAGGUGCGAUACUCUCCACCAUGGCAGGACUUGAGCAUCAUCGGCAUCGCUGGUAGCUCCGGCUCUGGCAAGACCUCUGUGGCCAUGGAGAUUGUCAGGUCUUUGAACUUGCCGUGGGUGGUGAUUCUAGUAAUGGAUUCAUUCUACAAGACCUUAUCUCCCGAGGAACAUCACCGGGCUCACGCAAAUGAUUAUGAUUUUGACUGCCCAGACUCGAUCGACUUCGAUCUUUUGGUUUCUACUCUGCGGGAUCUCAAGAAAGGAAAGAAAGCCAGCAUCCCGGUUUACUCGUUUGCUGAUCACCAACGACAACCUCAAACGACAACCCUCUAUUCCCCUCGAGUGAUCAUCCUUGAAGGUAUUCUGGCACUGCACGAUCCCAGGAUUGUGGAGAUGUUAGAUGUGAAGAUCUUCGUUGAGGCUGACAUGGAUGUCUGCUUGGGCCGCAGAAUUUUACGUGAUGUUCGGGAGCGAGGACGUGACAUUGAAGGCAUUGUGAAGCAAUGGUUUGAUUACGUUAAGCCCUCUUACACAAGAUUCGUGGAACCUCAACGCUCUAUUUCAGAUAUCAUCGUUCCACGUGGCAUCCAAAACAAGACCGCUAUCGAUAUGGUCGUCAAACACAUCCAGCGCAAGCUUCAAGAGAAGUCCGAAAGCCAUACCGAAGAGCUCCACAGACUCGGAUUGAUUGCAGCCAAGGUAGACCUGCCUUCGAAUGUGCACGUGCUACCUUCGACACCGCAAUUCGUUGGAAUGAACACCAUUUUGCAGAAUCCAGAAUCUGAGCAAGAGGACUUUGUGUUCUACUUUGACCGAUUGGCGUCUAUUCUGAUUGAAAGAGCCCUGGAUAUGACAUCGUAUGUCUCCACAAAGGUGGAAACACCACAAGGUAAUGAAUACCUUGGACUGCAUCCGACGGGAGAAGUCUCUGCUGUCGCUAUACUACGCGGAGGGUCUUGUCUGGAAACAGCACUCAAGCGAUCUAUCCCUGAUUGCAUCACUGGUCGCGUGCUCAUCCAAACCAACGAGAGCAACGAAGAACCAGAGCUGCAUUACCUGAAACUACCGCCGCGCAUUGAGGAGCAUUCUACGGUCAUCCUGAUGGACUCGCAGAUGUCCAGUGGAAGUGCUGCGCUGAUGGCUGUCCGUGUUUUGCUUGACCAUGGAGUAUCACAAGACAGGAUUGUCUUUGUGACCUGCGCGGCAGGUGAACGGGGUCUCAAGCGCCUAGUCGCUGUAUUCCCCAAGAUCCAUGUGAUUGUUGGACGCAUUGAGGAAGAGGGAGAGCCGCGCUGGAUAGAGAAACGAUACUUUGGAUGCUAA